AUGGACAGAAUGGACACCACCUUUUCGCCUGUAAUCAUAUUUCGCCUGCCCACAAGCAUCAUCGGCCAUCUUACAAGCAUCGCUCUCGCUACAUCAAACCGAUCUACCAUUAUACAUGAGCCAGUCGUUGCUUCGACUCUCACUGCCCUUUUCAACAUCUACAUUCUGAUCAGAGGAUCCUUCCUACUGAUCUCUGGCUCCGAACUACGAGAUCCUUUCCACAUGCCUCGACAGUCUAAUACCGGAUUCGAUGUCGCCAAAUCACCUCCCUGGCGCGAGGAUGGUCCCAAUCCCGAGCCAGACCCAACUGUGGAUUCUCCCUCAGCACCGCCGAUUAUGAUCCUUUCCCGAUCCGGCGACUCGCUAGCUGCGCCUUACUUUCAGGUACCGGACCCUGCAGCAAAUAUUCAGCCACAAACACCUACGUCAUCUUCAUGUCAAGACACGUCUACGACACCACGAUACGAUCUUCGAAAGCGAGACAAGGUUACUAGAAAGAGAGGACCUGAUAAUCCUGGCCCUGAGCCCCAUCCCGCACCACCAGUAAUCAUCCUCUCCUACAACAAACGUCGUGCAUCCGCCUCGCCUCCACGUUCUACAUCUCCGCCAUCCACUGCUCACACCUCCUCUGACAACUCUACUUCUGCCACCGCCGGGGCUACAAAUACCUCUACGCCCACAGCACACAAGCGCACAAUGGGCUCUCGCGGCAGCAAACUCGCGCCCUCGCACGGCAAAUUGCAGCCCUCGCUAGAGCGCCAGGAUAAAGCGGAGAUGAAGGAGCCGAGCAACUACUACUCACAUCGGAGUAAGAGUAUGAGGCGGAAGGCGGGCAAGGCUGAGGGCGGCGUGGAUGCCGGUGGUGCUGUGGGAGGAACGGCGGGCGGGGCGGGCGGGGCUGGAAUAGCGUAA